AUGUUCACGACCGGACCAUCACCAUUGGCUGUACGGAGCGAACAACUCAAGUGGUUAGAUCGCGAAUUUACUGACCGGAAGUUCCGUAGUUCGAACUUGACCUCCACCUCUCGACUUCCUUCCCCUAAGCUUGGGCAACCUGGCAGUAUCCAAGCCCUCGCGCUUCCUUCGGGUGGCUUGCGUUCAGCUGUAGCACUCUUUCGGUACUUAGCUGCCAUGCCACCCGAAAGUUGCACGAGGGCUGGGAUACUGCCAGGUUGCCCAAGCCUAAACAGUGGAAAUCGAGAAGCAGAGGCCGGACCUUCCGUAAAUUCGCGCUCUUACCACUUGGACCAUCUCGCCCCCCAUUACUCGCGCACCCAUAACACCCUUUCGAAUGUGAACUCGCUGAUCACGACUUUCCGUAUUUCAAAUGCUUUACACACCUCGGCAAAUGCAACAGCCUUGACGGAAGCGUGGUUGACGAAGUCGGAGCACGGCUUUCAAAUGUCUGAAACAUGUUUGUCAAAUCGCGUCCGCCGUUGCUUCAAACCAACUUAUUGUUGGAACUCAUGA